AUGAACACCGCCACUGCCACUACCACAUCACUCUUCCACAUUCCCCAAACCCGGAGCAAUUCAAUUCCUCCGUUUUCAUCUUCAUCUUCCUGCUUCUUCGCUGGUAGGUCCCGUUUGUGGGCCCACAAGUUUCCACCAAAUUCUCUGUCUUCUGCUUCUCAAUUCAAUAAGAAAAUAUCUGCAAGGAGGUUUGGGAGAGUGGUCGUGGCCGCAGCUGAUUAUUACUCCACUCUCGGCGUGCCAAAGUCUGCCGAUAGUAAGGAAAUUAAGGCUGCUUAUAGAAGGUUGGCUCGGCAGUACCAUCCUGACGUCAACAAGGAACCUGGAGCAACUGAAAAAUUUAAGGAGAUUAGUGCUGCUUACGAGGUACUAUCAGAUGACAAAAAAAGGGCUUUAUAUGAUCGAUAUGGUGAAGAUGGAAUGAAAAGUGCUAUGGGUGGACAAGCCGGUAGUUACACGACAAAUCCUUUUGAUCUAUUUGAGGCCUUUUUUGGCCCUAGUAUGGGUGGAUUCCCUGGAAUGGAUGGAAGUGGAUUUGGAAUGCCUCGUCGCAGUACUGUUACCAAAGGUGAAGAUUUGCGUUAUGACAUGACAUUGGAAUUUUCGGCUGCUAUAUUUGGAACAGAAAAGGAAUUCGAGCUAUCCCAUCUUGAAACAUGCGAAGUUUGUGAUGGUACUGGAGCAAAAGUAGGCUCCAAAAUGAGGAUAUGCUCAACAUGUGGCGGUAGAGGUCAGGUUAUGAGAACUGAGCAAACACCUUUUGGCAUGUUUUCACAGGUUUCUGUAUGUCCAAAUUGUGGCGGGAAUGGUGAAAUGAUAUCUGAAUUCUGCCGCAAAUGCUCCGGUGCGGGCAGGAUACGGGUUAAAAAGGAUAUCAAAGUCAAAAUUCCUCCUGGAGUGAGCAAGGGCAGUAUUCUCAGAGUUGCUGGAGAGGGCGAUGCAGGACCUAAGGGGGGGCCACCUGGAGAUCUUUAUGUCUAUCUUGAUAUUGAAGAAAUUCCAGAAAUUAAAAGAGAAGGCAUAAAUCUCUCUUCAACAGUUUCAAUCAGUUAUCUGGAUGCCAUAUUGGGGACUAUUGUCAAGGUUAAGACGGUUGAAGGGACUACUGAAAUGCAGAUUCCUCCAGGUACUCAACCUGGAGAUGUGCUUGUCUUGGCAAGAAAAGGUGCACCUAAAUUGAACAGACCGUCAAUACGUGGUGAUCAUUUGUUCACUAUUAAAGUUAGCAUACCAAAGCGUGUCAGCACGAAGGAACGCGAACUGCUUGAAGAACUUGCUUCUCUUGAAAAUACCCCUGUCAACCGUACAAAAACUCGUCCAAAGGUUCAACAACCUGCUCAAACUACAGAAAGUGAAACAGGAUCUAUUACUGAGAAACCUGAUGAAUCGGAAGACCAAAAUAACUUGUGGAAGCAAUUGAAAGAUUUUGCAGGGUCUGUAGCAAAUGGAGCUCUAAAAUGGUUCAGAGACAAUCUUUAG